CAUUAUUUUUUUUUCUCUUUAGCAAUUUUUUUUUCUGUCUUCCAUUAGCUGUCCCUGACUGAUAGUCUUUGUCGUCAACUCUAAACAGAACUCUCUCUCUCUCUCUCUCUCUCUUUCUCUAACCUCUCCCUCCAACUUAUCCUUUGGAGCUGUCCUAUGCACUUCAUCAUCUUCUCCGGGUGCGUGAGUUUUGCCCUGCAGCGGUGUCAAAUCCAACAGAAGGUCGGCGAAGAGGUGCAUUGGCGGUUCUGAAGGUCUGAGGAGCGGUCGUAAUCAGAGAAACCGGUGAAUUUAGGAUCGAGCUUUGGUGACGGAAGCUUCUCGUUCCCGCCGGUUUCCGCCAUGGAAAUUUGCAGGGAGCAGGGAGGGACAAUUAGGGUUUUGCGUUGAUCAGAGGACGGAGUUCGGAGUUCUGACCCGGUCCGGACCAUUUUCUUCUGGCUUGUGUCUCCAUUCAUGUCCGGUUCGGUAGCCGGUUUCCGGGUUGACAGUAUUCAAGGUUGAACCGGCAACAGGCUCCCAUGGCAUAGAGAGGGGAAUCUGUCUCCCCACUUUCUCUGUCUCUGAGAGCUCCUCUCUUACUUUGUCCCUCAUGCUUCGGUCCGGCGAGGUUGGGGUUCUCUGGGUGAGCUGAGGGGUUUGGUGUAAGUUCUGGGGCUUGCAGUUAUGGUGAGGAAACAUGGUUGGCAGCUGCCUGCUCACACUUUCCAGGUUGUUGCAAUUACAGUAUUCUGCUUGUUGGGCGUUGCAUUUUAUGCAUUUUUUGCACCUUUCCUUGGAGGACGCAUUUGGGAAUAUGUAUUGGUCGGCACAUACUCUCCUGUGGCGCUUCUGGUUUUCAUACUCUAUGUUCGUUGUACGGCCAUAAACCCAGCAGAUCCUGGCAUCUUGUCAAAGUUUGAUAAAAAGCUAACUCAAAAAAGUAAUCAAAACAAUGCACUGUCGGAGAAGGACCUUUCUGGGAGAUUCGAAGAAGACGGUGCUACUAAUUCUCCAUCGUCAGCUUCCAGAAGUGCCAGAUUGGCUACUAAUUCUAGCUUGAAAGGAUCCACAGGAGGGAGCCAAAAAAUAGAUAUUACAGGAGAACCUGUUUUGAGGAAAUCUUCCUGUUCCUUUGGGGGAAUCUUCUGUGCUUUGUUCGUGCAUGAAGAUUGUCGUAAACAAGAUGCGAUUGUUGGACAGCAGGGUGGCGGAGAAGAUGCUUUGUUCUGCACUUUAUGUAAUGCUGAGGUUCGCAAGUUUAGCAAACACUGCAGGAGCUGUGAUAAAUGUGUAGAUGGUUUUGAUCACCACUGUCGGUGGCUUAACAAUUGUGUGGGCUACAAAAAUUAUUUUACUUUCAUUGCUCUCAUGGCCUUCAGUCUGGUUUGGCUUGUCAUGGAGGCUGGAGUUGGUAUAGCUGUCUUCGUUCGGUGUUUUGUCAAUAAGAAAAGCAUGGAGGCUGAUAUUGUCGACAGACUUGGAAAUGGUUUUUCACUAGCACCUUUUGCAUCUGUUGUGGCCGUAUGCACUGUUGUUUCGGUGUUGGCUUGUGUACCCCUAGGUGAACUCUUCCUUUUCCACUUCAUACUCAUGAGAAAGGGUAUCACCACCUAUGAGUAUGUCGUGGCCAUGAGGGCAAUGAGUGAGGCUCCUGCGGGAGCAUCCAUGGACGAAGAGCUGCCGAAUGUGUUGUAUUCUCCUUCUGGGGGAUCAACCACCACGGGCAUGAGUGGGGCCAGUUCUCAUGGCCUGCAAUAUAAAGGUGGCUGGUGCACACCACCGAGGGUAUUUGUUGACUAUCAGGAUGAAGUCAUGCCACAAUUAGAGCCUGGGAUGGUCCCGUCAACGGUGGACCCUGAUGCAGCUGGGCCUGGAGGGCCAAGGGUCCCAAGACGGCCCGUCCGAAUCAAUCCCUGGAAGCUGGCGAAGCUGGGUUCAGAGGAUGCCAUAAGGGCAGCAGCCAAAGCCCGAGCAUCAUCCUCAGUCCUGCGUCCCGUCGAUAACCACCGGAACCCCCCAGCAAACUUUCCUGAUGUUAGCUCCAGUGGCAACAUGAGCGUCAGAAGUAGUGUGAGUACCGAGACGGGGGCAAAUAGGGAGAUCAAGAAUGAGAUGAGGUUGCCUUCCUUCAGAAAUUCUUCAGCCCCAAGCCAGGGUAGCCGAGACGAGUAUGAGACGGGCACUCAGAGUGUAAGCAGCUUCAGCAGCCCUAGUCAUGUUCACGAAUCCAUCUCGCUCAGUCCUCUACCACAAGCCUAUGGUGGUUACACUGCCUCAGGUCCCCCUGCCAAUGUUCAAGAUCAUGCGUUUACUAACACUUCAACCUAUCGUAAUACUGGUAACUUAGUGACUAAUACUUCAUCCGGGUUCGAUGAGAGAAUCAUGCAUGAGGGGAGUAGCACGGAUCCCCUGUUGCUCUCGGCCUCGGCAACUUCUUUCCUUAAGGAUGUUAAGAGGACAUCUGUUGUUUGGGACCCAGAAGCAGGAAGAUAUGUAUCAGUCCCCGUUUCAGCCUCGGAUACUAGGAACAGGUCGUCACUACAACUGGGACUUCCAAGCACUAAAGUGGAGAAGGGUAGUUAUGGAAAGAAGCCAUUUUCAUCCCAGCAGGAACCUACUUCCUCUUCGGGACCGACGUCUAUGCUGCCUCAAACAGAGAGACUGACAUACACAGGAGACUCCAUUUUCUUCAGUGGUCCAUUACUGAAGGUGGCAGCUCGGGACAGCAUUAGGAGCGAAAGGAGUUCAGGCUCAAGAGAAGGGCAUGAAAGGGUAGGAUUGAACUUGCUGCCACGGGAGUCUAGAUUCAAGAGGGACUCGGCUUCGAACCAACUCCCAGUGUUUACUCCUGCAGGCUUGGAGCACAAUUAUCCCCCAUCAGGGUCCACCUUGAAGUAGCACUGGAAGCGCUUUGCCUAUAUCAUCCUAAAACAACUUCUGGGGUGUCGAGGAUAACCAUCCCUUAUCGGGGUCCACUUCGAAGCAGCACUGGUGCUUCCAUGGAGUUCUGGGAAGUGUAUGUAUAGUACCCCUCUCCACGAUUCAUCUUGUUUUUGCCAUUGUUUUGUUGGAUGCUAGUGUAACGAGAUUUUUGUGAGGUUUUCUGUACUGUUAGCGAGAGAUUCGAUGCUUCUGACUGGAGUUCCUAAUCAGAGAAUGUACUUCAGCUUUCAAGAACAUUAUGCCCCCCUCCUUCUGGACGUAUAAAUCUCUUCAUUUGCAUC